AUGCAGGUUAUUUUCAAAGACUUCAAAAAAGAGAAAAUUUCCAUCGAAAUCGAGCCCACGGACAGUGUCCUGUCAGGUAAGGAAAAGCUGGCAUCAAUAAAGAAUUGUGAUGCUGACCAGAUUAAGUUUGUUUAUUCCGGCAAAGUUUUACAAAAUGAUAAAACUUUUGAGUCUUUCAAAGUGAAAGAAGGGGAUCAAAUUAUUUUUAUGGUUUCGAAGGCAAAGAAAGUCUCAGAACCUGUUAAAGAGGAAACUUCAAGCUCAAAGAUCGAACAAACUCCAACUGCAAGUACGGCCACAGAAACGAGUGCAUCAAACACGAACACUUCUACUGAAGCAAAUGCAGGAACGGCAGAAACCGUGACGGAAUUCACAGCAUCAACAUUUGCACAAGGUAGCGUAAGAGAAACAGCAGUUCAAAAUAUAAUGGCAAUGGGUUUCGAAAGAGAACAGGUUGAAAGGGCAUUACGUGCUGCGUUUAACAAUCCAGACAGGGCAGUGGAAUAUUUGUUAUCGGACAUUCCAAUAAGCACUGAACCUUCUGCAGCUCCAGUAUCGGAUUCUGUUCCUGCUGCGGAAUCUACAGUUGACAGCACGGGUGAGACGGUUCCCGCAGCUGCAUCAACUACACCAAGUGAAGCGCCUUUAGUUAGUACACAGGGAAACUUGUUUGAUCAGGCAGCAUUGGCCUCUGAUGGUGCAGGACAAGGAGAAGUUGGCGGUUCUGAAGGCGACAUGAUGAGUCAAGUCAGAGACAUACUUCAGGCUCAACCAGAAAUGGCUGAAGUUGUGUUACAGCAAUUAGCAGCAUCCAAUCCACAAAUUGCUCAGUUGAUACAAACCAACCCAGAAGCAUUCCUUAGGUACAUUACUGAAGGUGACCAACAAGCACUGGCUCAAGCAUUGGGUGUUCCACCAGAAUAUAUAGAAGCUGCACAAAAUGAAGAAGAAGGGGCAGAAGCUGGCGAUUCAUACCAAAUACAAAUUACUCCAGAGGAAAAUGAUGCAAUAACCAGGUUAUGUGAAUUAGGUUUCGAUAGAAACUUGGUGAUUCAAGUUUAUUUCGCCUGUGAUAAAAACGAGGAGAUGGCAGCUAACUUGUUAUUCAACGAUCAUGCAGCAUGA